GUUGGUAGUUUGUGAUUGUGAUAAAUAUGGUUGCAGACUUGCAGGAGAUUCGGACUCGAAGUGAGGUGGAUCAGGUUGGCUUGCUGGGACAAGUUUCAACAAUGGAGGAUUGUUCUCUUCCGCAGGAUUCUCUCUUCCUUGGAUUUGAUAGUUCUACUCAGUCACUCAAGGCGACGGUUUUAGACUCCAACCUCAACAUUGUCGCUUCAGAGAUAGUGCAUUUCGGUUCUGAAUUGCCCCACUACAAGACUAAAGAUGGAGUCUACAGAGACCCAUCUGAAAACGGCAGAAUUGUGUCUCCCACUCUGAUGUGGGUGGAAGCUCUGGACCUUGUUCUUGGGAAAUUUGCCAACUCCAAGUUGGAUUUUGAAAGGAUUGUCGCUGUUUCUGGUAGUGGUCAGCAACACGGAAGUGUCUACUGGAAGAAUGGCAGUUCUGCCAUAUUGGCAUCUCUGGAUGCCAGUAAGCCAUUGUUGGAUCAGCUUGAGAAUGCAUUCUCCAUAAAGGAGUCGCCGAUAUGGAUGGAUAGUAGCACCACCGAGCAGUGCAAGGAGAUAGAGAAAGCUGUUGGAGGUGCAUUGGAAUUAUCCCGAAUUACAGGGUCGCGCGCUUAUGAGAGGUUCACAGGCCCACAAAUCCGGAAGAUAUUCGAGAAGCAGCCAGAUGUGUAUCGUGAGACUGAGAGGAUCUCCCUCGUUAGUUCCUUCAUGGCAUCUCUUCUUAUUGGAGCUUACGCCAGUAUUGAUGAGACUGAUGGAGCAGGGAUGAAUUUGAUGGAUAUCAACCAACGUGUCUGGUCUAAAAUUGCUUUGGAGGCUACGGCACCAGGUUUAGAAGAAAAGCUUGGAAAAUUAGCACCUGCCCAUGCUGUUGCUGGUUUCAUUGCUCCCUAUUUUGUGGAGAAGUUCCACUUCAACAAGAAUUGUUUGGUUAUUCAGUGGUCUGGAGACAACCCAAACAGCUUGGCAGGUUUGACCCUUAACACUCCUGGGGAUCUAGCAAUUAGUCUUGGCACCAGUGACACGGUCUUUGGGAUAACCAGUGAGCCCCAGCCUAGUUUAGAGGGACAUGUUUUCCCCAACCCUGUUGAUACAAAAGGUUACAUGGUAAUGUUGUGCUACAAGAAUGGGUCUCUAACUCGUGAAGACAUAAGGAACCGGUUUGCAGAACAAUCUUGGGAGGUAUUCAACAAGUACCUGGAGAAAACAACUCCUCUUAAUGGUGGAAAGUUGGGAUUCUACUACAAGGAGCAUGAAAUUCUUCCCCCUCUUCCAGUUGGUUUCCAUCGUUUUAUUCUUGGAAACUUCACGGAUGAUGCAAUGGACGGGUUGAAAGAACAUGCGGUGGAGGAAUUUGAUGCUCCUUCAGAGGUACGAGCAGUAAUUGAAGGUCAGUUUCUCUCAAUGCGAGCUCAUUCUGAAAGAUUUGGGAUGCCAUCUCCUCCAAGACGGAUAAUAGCAACUGGUGGGGCAUCAGCAAAUGAGAGCAUUCUUAAAUCAAUAGCUUCCAUUUUUGGCUGUGAUGUCUAUACAGUCCAAAGGCCAGAUUCUGCUUCCUUGGGUGCUGCGUUGAGAGCAGCACAUGGUUGGCUUUGCAACAACAAGAGCUGCUUUGUGCCCAUCUCAUCCAUGUACAAAGAGAAGUUGGAAACAACAUCUCUCAAUUGCAAGCUUUCAAUGGCAUCUGGAGACCCUAAACUCUACUCCAGAUACACUUAUUUGCUGAGAAGGAGAAUGAAGAUUGAGGACAACCUUGUUCAGAAAUUGGGGCGCUGGUAGAAUACACAGCAUGGUGCAGUUACCCAUAAAUUAAGGAUAACACAGAGAAACUACAACUAAUUCUUUUACUAAUCAUAAAACCAUAAAAACAAUUUUAUAGGUAUUUGAAUGAAUUGGGCUCUUUUAUUUAUAUUGCAAUUUAUUUUUUACAUCCUGGUUCCCUUGAUAAAGUCGAAUGGCAAGACUGAACACAUAAAGUUGGAUUAAAGCUUUGUUGAGUAA